UGAAGAUGAUGAUGAUGAUGAUGAUGAUGAUGAUGAAGUACACAACAUCAGCUGCAUCUGAACAGAACUUCUGUUCCAACGCGACGGUGUUGAGGACUCGGACGGCGUGUCACUCCUGCAGAAUCAGCAUGUUGAUGCCCUGUUUGUCUGGAUACCAGAAGACCCCCAGGUCCACCGCGCAGGACUGCAAUUACUCCAUCCGGACCUCCAGUCUGAAGCUGCACAUCAGCGGCUGCUCCUUCGAGUGCUACCGGGAGCUGCAGGUGACCAGCUGCUGUCCAGGCUUCUGGGGUCCGGACUGUACCGAGUGUCCUGAUCGGGCCGACAGACCUUGCAGCAACCGGGGUGACUGUUCUGAAGGAAUGGGGGGCAACGGGACCUGCAGCUGUCAGGUGGGCUUUGCAGGAACUGCCUGUGAGGACUGCGCACCUGCUCGAUAUGGUCCCACCUGCAGCUCAGUGUGUUCAUGUGUCCACGGUCUGUGUGACUCUGGUUUAAGAGGCGAUGGGAGGUGCACCUGUUUCUCCGGAUAUAAAGGUCCAAACUGUGACCAAGAGCUACCUGAGUGUGCGUCUCUCGCCUGCCAGCAUAACUCUCGUUGUAUGGAAGAAGCUCUGACAGGGAAGCUGGUGUGCCAGUGUCUACCUGGUUAUCAAAAAUCAGGAGCUCAGUGUUUAUCCAAAAACCCUUGUCUCCAGCGGGUCUGUCAUGCCGAGGCUUCCUGUGUCCACACCGGUCCAGACCAACACCUCUGUGCCUGUAAGGAGGGCUACAGAGGGGAUGGACGAGUCUGCAUGGCUGUGGAUCCAUGUCAGACCACACGGGGAGGCUGCUCUGUCGAGUCUGUACGCUGCGUCUACGACGAACCAGGGAAGUCUCACUGCGAGUGUCUCCCGGGGUUCCAAGACCUUUUGAACGGCAGCUGCAGCCUAAAGGAGUUCUGCAGACCGGAUUCCUGCCACAAGAACGCCAACUGCACCACCGUUGGACUCGGAAGAGUCGAGUGCACCUGUCUCCAAGGCUACCUUGGGAACGGUAAGGUUUGCUAUGGGAACCUCAUCCAGCGUCUGAACAGUCUGAACACCGAGCCGGGGGGACAGUGGAGAGGCCAGCUGAGCAACGCCAUCACUCUGCUAGGUACACUUUCGUGGCCCCUGCAGAAUUUGGGUCCUUUCACUCUUUUUGUCCCGAUCAAUAAAGGCUUCAGGGGAGUUUCAAUGAGAACUCUGACAUCAGACCUUUCCAAAGCUAAAUACCUGUGUAAGAUGCACCUGGUUGCCGGGGUGAUGCCCGUUGACACUCUGAAGAAAACAAACGUCUUCUUUACUUUGACUGGAAAAUCAGCUGAGACGGACACAUCGGACUCUCUGACUACGAUACGGAUUUACGGCAGCCGGAAGAAAGGCGGAGUCCUCCAGCCCGACGUGGUCGCGUCCAACGGGAUGAUCCACGUCAUCAACAAGCUGAUGGACGGCGUUGCACCCACAGUGGCGAGCAACUCACAAGAGAACCUGAUGAGGAUCAUUUCUGACUACGGAAAGUUUGACAAGUUCAAGUCUUUAUUAGAGAAGGCAGACAUGGUCUCGGUCCUGGACAGUCCAGGUCCCAUCACUGUCUUUGCUCCCAGCAGUUCAGCCUUUGAUGCGAUGCCUGAAGGUCACCUGUCCUACCUGAGCAGCGCUGAAGGUCACAACAAGCUGGUGGAGCUGCUAAGGAACCACGUCGUGCCGUCGGCCGCAAUGGACGUCUUCAACGUUGUGUCCGGCCCCAGAAUCGUGACGAUGGCCAAUCAGGUUCUGACGAUUAACGUGACGGAAAAUGGUCAGAUCUUGGUGAAUGGAGCGACGGUGUUGGAGGCGGCGGUGGAAGCUAACAAUGGCCGCCUUUAUGUGCUGGAUGGACUUCUGACUCCGCCCUCCAUCCAACCUCUGCUGCCCCACAGGUGUGACCUCACCAAGACCGAGGUCAUCCAGGGUGAAUGUUUGAGUUGCUCCAAAGUCAAAGUGUACCAAUGCUCCACUGGAGUCUACACGGGCUCCUCCACCUUUGGGUGCGUCUACCUUCUGUCCAUCCCCAGACCGGCUCUCACCAUCCCGGUUACCGGCUGCUUGCCGCUCUGCAACGCCACCGUCACGACUCCAGCGUGCUGUAAAGGGUUCUACGGUCCAGACUGUAGACCCUGUCCUGGGGGGUACCAGACCCCGUGCUCCGGACACGGCCAGUGUUUUGAGGGCACCGGAGGAAAUGGAUCAUGUAUCUGCGAUUCAAACUACAGAGGUUCUCGCUGUCAGUACUGCUCCUCCUCAAACAAAUAUGGAGCAAACUGUGACAGAACCUGUCCCUGUAUCCACGGAAAGUGUGACAACCGCCCGGACUCAGACGGUAGCUGUAAGAUGGACUCCUGUCUGAUGGGUUUCACCGGUCGGUUCUGUGACACGCAGACGGUGGCGUGUGGCGUUCAGGCUCAGUUCUGUCACGCCCAUGCAUACUGCAGCUUCAAUCAGGGAACCACCAGCUGUGGAUGUAAACCUGGUUACCAAGGGGACGGUAUCACCUGUGUGGAGUCCGACCCCUGUGCUCCACCUCUCAGAGGCCGCUGCAACCUGAAUGCUAAAUGUAUAAAGACAGGGCCAGGUACUCACACCUGCCAGUGUCUUACCGGAUGGAGGGAGGAUGGGGACGAGUGUCAGCCAAUCAACAACUGUGACGGGUCGGACGGAGGAGGCUGCCACUCCAACGCCACCUGCAUCUAUGUCGGCCCUGGACAGAGUGACUGUUCGUGUAAAGCUGGCUACAAAGGGAACGGGGGAGACUGUGAAGCCGUGAACCAGUGUGUCUCUGAGAACGGAGGCUGCCACUUCUUAGCCAGCUGCCGCCUGCUGUCCUCCCAGUGGACGUGUGUUUGUGAUGACGGGUACGUUGGAGACGGACACAGGUGUUACGGCACCGUCGCUCAGAUGCUGCUGUAUCUGCCAGACGCCUCAGAGUUCUCCACCUGGACAACUGACUCCGGUCUGUCCUGGUCUCUGUCGGAGCAGAACAUCACCCUCCUGGUUCCGUCUUCGGCUGCUGUCUCCAAAAUGUCUCCAGAGGACAAAACCUUCUGGACCACGAAGGGAAACCUGCCGAGUCUCAUCAGAAACCAUGUGAUCCCCGGGAACUACCCCGUAUCCAGUCUGAGCAGCACUUCCUCCCUGACUUCCCUUCUCAAGGCAUCACUUCCUGUUUUAACAACCAAUGAGCUCACGUCAGUUGGAGGAGCGACCAUCACUACAUCCAACAUAGCCGCCACCAACGGCCUGAUCCACCUCAUCGAUCAGGUUUUGGUUCCUGAGAGGAAGCUGAGUGAAGGUCUGCUGGCGACUCUGGCUCUGAGAGACGAGUUCUCUCUGUUCAGAUCGUAUCUCAUGGAUUACAACCUGACGGAGCAGAUCGAACAGGCGGACGAGUUCACCGUGUUCGCUCCAACGGACGCUGCCGUGACUGAUUACCUCCAGAGAUCGUCUGUGACCGUCCUGGAUGUCAACACGACUCGGUACCAUGUGGUGGUCUCAGAGCGCCUGCUGAAGACCGACCUCCAGCCUGGAGGCUACAAGCAGACGCUCCUCGGGUUCUCCUUCCAGCUCGGCUUCUUCCCCCGAGACGGAAAGCUGUUCGUGAACGAGGCUCAGAUGAACUCUUCCAACUUGUUGAGUGGAAAAGGAGUUAUUCACGGUCUGUCAUCAGUUCUGCAGAUCAAAAGGAACCGCUGUGACGACGCCCAGUACACCAACGUCAUGGGAACCUGUCUGGACUGUUUGUUCCCACAAAAGAGAAUCUGCCCCAACGACAGCGUCCCAGACAAAUCCAAGAGGAAGAGGAAGUGCAUGUUGAUCCGCAUGUUUGAAGGAGAGGCGCUGAUGACCAUCGGCUGCCGAGCCGCCUGCUUGCAGAAGGUCACGGGCCCGAGGUGCUGCGGAGGCUUCUUCGGGCAGCACUGUGAGCCGUGUCCUGGGCCCAAGGGUCGGCCCUGCUUCGGUAACGGGGCGUGUGCAGACGGGACCAACGGCACCGGACUCUGUCGCUGUGGCAACGGCUUCAACGGGACCGCCUGUGAAACCUGCCAGAGCGGCAAAUACGGAGUCCACUGUGAUCAGGACUGUGGCUGUAAAAACGGACGCUGUGAUGAAGGACUUGAAGGAGACGGAACCUGCACGUGUGACGUUGGCUGGAGAGGGCGUGUGUACGUGUGUGUAUGUGUGUGUGUGUGUGUUACAGAGAUUCAGUCCAGUGAUGAGCUGUGUGGUUCAGUGAAAUGUCACACGAGUGCAAAUUGUGUCAUCAGAGCGUUCGUCCCCCAGUGUCUCUGUGCGGCUGGUUUCCAAGGAAACGGGACCUUUUGUCAAGCCACAGACCUGUGCCUUGUGGGUAAUGGAGGCUGCAGCCUCUCUGCCGUGUGUAAGAGGACUCGACCCGGCAGGAGAGAUUGUGUCUGUGACGUCGGCUUCUUCGGUGACGGACUCGUGUGUGUCGAAAUAAAUCCCUGUCUGGAGGGGAACGGAGGCUGUCACAGUAACGCGGACUGUGUUCACGUCGGCCCGAACAAAACAUCCUGUUCCUGCAGUGAACGUUUCUCAGGUGAUGGAAAGAACUGUAAGAUGAUCAACUUGUGUCAAAAGGGAAACGGAGGCUGCCAUCAGUACGCCAGGUGUAACAUGACGGGUCCAGGUGUUCGUACCUGCACGUGUAUCGGGAACUUCAUCGGCGACGGUCUCACUUGCAGAGGGACCGUGGGGAAGGAGAUCCUAAACAGGAAGCUGAGGGACUUCUACUUCAGUCUGAUGAUGGUGGAGAUUUCCCUGAAAGGUCGAGGCCCGUUCACCGUCUUCGCUCCGAACACCUUCGUCGCAGAGAGAAACCGUGUCAACAAGACACAGAAAGAGCGACUGGCAACCGUCCUGCGGGGCCACAUCGUCAUGUGUCACACCCUGCUGCCGGCUGACCUGGCCCAACCCCGAAACCUGACGUCUCUGUCUGGACUCGUCCUGACCACCAGGUCCAUCCAGGGCAGCAUCUCCAUCAACGAGGCCAACGUGACGUACAGCGACAGUGUCAGUGUCAACGGUAUCUACCACGAGAUCAACAGGAUUCUGUUGCCUCCCAGAGUGGACAAAGAAAAACAACCAGCUGUUCCUGAUGCAACUCAGCUGAACCUGACUGAGGUGGCAGACGCUCAUGGUUAUAAGACCUUCUCCAGACUGCUGCAGGAGACAGGUGUGAUGGACCUGGUGAAUGAUUGGAUGUACCAGCCGGUGACGAUCUUCCUGCCCUCAGAUGGCCUCAUGGCGUCUCUGCCACAGGAGCAGAAGGACUUCCUGUUUCACCGAGACAACCGACCACAGUUGGUGGAGUACCUAAAGUACCAUGUGCUGCUGGCCAAGAAGCUUUAUGCUGAAGCUUUGAUCCAUCAGGACUCGAUCCGGACUCUGCAGGGUUCGCCGCUCUCGUUCACCUGCGGAGGGACGGACCACAUCGGAGACAUCUUUGUGAACGAUGGAAAGUGUCGGAUCAUUCAGAGACACCUGAUCUUUAAUGCUGGGAUCGCCUACGGGAUCGACUGCCUGCUGACUCCGCCCAGCCUCGGAGGACGCUGUGACAAACAGACGACCUUCAACCAUAAGAUGAGCUGUGGACUGUGCCCCCCCUCAGCGUUAAGCUGUCCCAGUGGAUUCAGAGUGAAGGAGAUUCAGAAGUGCGACCUUCCCACCAUGUUCGUCACCAGAAACUCCGGCUGUCGCAUCAUCUGCACCCUCAACUUCUGGCAGCCAAAGUGUUGUCAUGGUUACCACGGACGAGACUGUCUCGCUUGUCCCGGUGGAGCCGGCUCUGUCUGCGGUAACCAUGGUAAAUGUGACGACGGCCACCUUGGUAACGGUACCUGUACCUGUGAGCCAGGAUUCAGGGGAGUGGCCUGUGAGCUCUGCAGUGACGGUUUCUACGGAGACACCUGUACAGCCUGCACCUGUUCAGAACACGGGUCAUGUGACGAUGGGCCUCGAGGGACCGGCUCAUGUUUCUGUGAGGCCGGCUGGACCGGAGGGCGCUGUGAGACCCCAGAAGCUGAAGUCUCUGAGUGUUCUCCGUCCUGCUCUGAAAAGGCCGUCUGUCACCAGAACAAUACCUGUGUGUGUCGGCCCUUUUAUGAAGGAGACGGACUCACCUGUACAGCGAUGGACAUGUGUCAGGCGUGGAACGGUGGUUGUGCCCCAGGAGCCAGGUGUUCUCAGGAAGGAGAGCGGGUGAGCUGCAGCUGUCCUAAAGGCCACUCUGGAGACGGGUUCACCUGCCAGCCGAUGGACCCGUGUGUCCCCGGGGACAACGGCGGCUGCCACGAACAUGCCACCUGCACCAUGACGUCUCCGGGGAAGAAGAAGUGCGCCUGUAAGGACAACUACAUCGGAGACGGACUCAGCUGCCACGUCAAGCAGCUGCCAAUCAGCCGCUGUCUCCAGGACAACGGACCCUGUCACCAAGACGCCACAUGCAUCGACCUCCACUUUGAAGAUGCGAGGCUCGGGGUGUUUCACCUCCGUGCAGGUGAAGGUCAGUAUAAACUGAACUUCACUGCAGCCCAACAGACCUGCACUGCAGAGGGAGGGACCCUGGCGACCUACAACCAGCUGUCCUACGCUCAGCAGGGCGGGUUGAAUAUGUGUGCCGCUGGCUGGUUGGACCAGGCCCGGGUGGCGUACCCCACCACGUACUCCAACCCCCAGUGUGGCUUUGGACACAUUGGCAUCGUGGACUACGGCACACGCAAGGAGAGUGAGACCUGGGACGCUUUCUGCUACCGGAUGAAGGAGGUGGCGUGUGAGUGUACGCCCGGCUACGUUGGAGAUGGUUUCAGCUGCACAGGAAACUUGCUGCAAGUCCUGGAAUCCACACCGGCCUUUUCCAACUUCCUCACACAAAUCUUGAACUGUUCUCAGGCAUCUGAGUCAGGGAAGCAGUUUGUGGAGCGACUCGGGAACCUGACGGUCCAGUCCACUCUGUUUGUGCCGGAUAACACCGGCCUGCCGGACAACCAGACUCUGUCUCCGCGGGACGUUGAGUUCCACCUGUCGGAGGGUCAGGCUCUUCCUCUCAGCCGCCUGAAGAACGGCAGUCGCAUCAGAACUCGUGUCGGCAGUCUGACCGUCUUCGGUGUCGCCGACCUGCUCCGCCCUUCAGCGCUGUUGUCUCGUUUCAUCAACGACCGCUUUGUCACUGACUCGGACAUCCUGGCUUCGAACGGCAUCAUUCACGUCCUCCAGGGGCCGCUGAAGGCCCCGCCUCCUCUCCAAGAGAUGCAUGUGGCCCAUAAGGCCGGGAUGGGGGUCGGGGUGGUGCUGCUCAUGGUUCUGAUUGCGGGAGUCGUCUUCGUUGGGUACCACUUCUACACCCACAACACCAAACCCUUCCAGUUCCACUACUUCAAGGACGAUGAAGAGGAGGAAGACGCUCCACCUGCAGACGGCAGUCGCAGCAUCUGUAACCCGGUUUAUGAAGCGGCGCCUGAAGGGGCCCCGGAGGCCCAGCACCAGGUGGAGGCCCAGCACCAGGUGGAGGCCCAGCACCAGGUGGAGGCCCUGCACCAGGUGGAGGCCCAGCACCAGGUGGAGGCCCAGCACCAGGUGGAGGCCCUGCACCAGGUGGAGGCCCAGCACCAGCCGGAGGCCCAGCACCAGGUGGAGGCCCUGCACCAGGUGGAGGACCUGCACCAGGUGGAGGACCUGCACCAGCCGGAGGCCCAGCACCAGCCGGAGGCCCAGCACCAGCCGGAGGCCCAGCACCAGGUGGAGGCCCAGCACCAGGUGGAGGCCCAGCACCAGGUGGAGGCCCUGCACCAGGUGGAGGACCUGCUGCAGGACAGUUGA